ACCUUAAUGGAGAAUGUUAUAAAUGAAACGGAAGCUGCCUUUUUUUUUUGGCACAAAGCGAAGGCGCUGCAGUCUUGGAUGUGGUGUGAACCCAAUGACUGGAAUAGCCUGAUAGCUUCCCUCCAGAUCUGCCAAGAUGUCAAAAAGGCCAUCCUAUGCCCCGCCCCCAGCCCCUGCCCCCACCACACAAAUGCCCAGCACCCCAGGGUUUGUGGGAUACAACCCAUACAGCCAUCUGGCGUACAACAACUACAGACUGGGGGGCAACCCAGGCAGCAACAGCCGGGCAACGGACAACUCUGGGAUUACAAUUCCAAAGCCACCAAAACCUCCGGAUAAGCCCUUGAUGCCCUAUAUGAGAUAUAGCAGAAAGGUUUGGGACCAAGUAAAAGCGUCGAAUCCAGACCUGAAGCUGUGGGAGAUAGGGAAGAUUAUCGGUGGGAUGUGGAGAGACCUCACCGAUGAAGAAAAGCAGGAAUACUUAAAUGAAUACGAGGCAGAAAAGAUUGAGUACAACGAGUCGAUGAAAACCUACCACAACUCUCCAGCCUACCUGGCCUACAUCAAUGCCAAGAGCCGGGCGGAGGCAGCCUUGGAGGAGGAGAGCCGGCAGAGGCAGUCUCGCAUUGAUAAGGGGGAGCCCUACAUGAGCAUCCAGCCAGCAGAGGACCCUGAUGACUAUGAUGAUGGGUUUUCUAUGAAGCACACGGCGGCCGCUCGGUUCCAGCGGAACCACAGGCUGAUCAGCGAGAUCCUGAGCGAGAGCGUGGUGCCGGAUGUCCGGUCCGUGGUGACCACAGCCAGGAUGCAGGUCCUCAAGAGGCAGGUCCAGUCCUUGAUGGUGCAUCAGAGGAAGUUGGAAGCGGAGUUGCUCCAGAUUGAAGACCGCCACCUGGAUAAGAAAAGAAAAUUUUUGGAGACAACAGACUCAUUCAACAAUGAGCUCAAGAGGCUGUGUGGGAUGAAGGUCGAGGUGGACAUGGAGAAGAUCGCUGCGGAGAUCACAGCCGCGGAGGAGGCGGCUCGGAAGAGGCAGGAGGCUGCAGAGCAGGCAGAGAGGGCAGCGGCAGCGGCAGCAGCACUGGAGGAAAAGCAGGAGGCAAUAGCAGCAGAGACAGAGGCAGGCAAACAAGAAGCAGCAGCACCUGAGGAGGAGGAGCCAGAGAAGAAAGAGGAGGAGCCAGAAGCGGAACCCAUGGAGACAGAUGAGCCCCAGGCAGAGGAGGCCUCGGAGAGCCAGCAGAACAGCGAGGAAGGGGCCUCCACUACAGAAGACAAAGAGAGCGUGCCGGAGGGAGUGGACAGUGUGGUUGAAGAGGGCACAAGCGACAGCAACACUGGCUCUGAAAGCAACAGCGCCCCCCCUGAAGAACCUCCCGCAGAGUCUGGACCCGAGGAGACUGUUUCCGAGAAGAAAGAAUAGCAGAUAGUGAUUUAGUUUUUUUUUAUUAUUUUUUUUUUUUAAACUUUGUAUGCUUUUAAAUAAAACUGAACAGAUUUUUUUUGUUUUCGUCACCAGUAAGUGUAACUUUUUGGUCUAUGUAUGCUAUGUUUCACAAUGAAUGAAAGCAUGCUGGUAAAUACUACCCCCCCCCCCCCCCCCCCCCCCCCCUGUUAACGGCUCAAGUGUAACUGCACUGACGGCUGUGUUGUCUAAAAAUGCCAAGCCUUUCUUGAGGGGCUCUUAACAGCUACUUCAUGCUGUUCUGUUAAAACAAAAGGGUUUGUCAAACUAAGCUCUUGCACGCCUUGUCAAGAUUGACAGGUGUAUGAGGAGUUUUUUUUUGUGUAUGUGUGACGAAGUGAAGUAGACUUGUGUAUCCCUCUUUGUUUUUCAGUUUUUUGGAGAAAGGCAGGUACCAUUUUACUUUCAUUCUUUACCAGAACAGUGUGUGUGUGGGUAAUAGAUCAAGGGAUUUGUUUUGAGUUCUGUGAAAUUAAAAGCUCAGUUUAAGCAUGAA